AUGUCCACUAGAAACAACCGUGCAGCCUGGCUUACCACCCCCAAGGCUCAUCCUUUUAAAGUUGACAAUGCCCCGUUUCCUUCAGCUGGACCCGGCGAGGUGGUUAUCAAGAACGUCGCUACUGCUCUGCGGAAUGGAAAAUUCAGUACUGUUGCACCACAACAUGAGCUUACUGAUGCUAAAGCAAUUAGGGACCUCGGUAUUAUCGUUCAAAAUUACCCUACUAUUCUGGGAGCGGAUGCAGCUGGCUACAUCGAGGAAGUCGGCGAGGGAGUGACCCAUCUCACGAAAGGACAACGGGUUAUAGGAUACUGCACUGGCCUCGGGCUACAAAACCAUGAAUUCGGUACCUUCCAGCUCUACAGUAAAGCAACGGCGAACCUGGUAUCCCCAAUCCCUAAUGACAUGAGCUUCGAGAAGGCUUCGGUGUUACCCCUCGGCAUCGCUACGGCCUCUGUCGGCCUGUACAAGAGCAAGUACCUCGGCCUGCCUCUGCCAAGGCUGAAGCCGGUACCAACGGGGAAGACGUUGCUUGUGUGGGGCGGCGCGUCCUCUGUUGGCGGUACUGCUAUACAACUCGCAGCUGCGUCGGGGCUGAGGGUUGUCACGACGGCGUCAAAAAGUAAUUUCGGCGGGGUGAAAGCCCUGGGCGCGGAUGUUGUUCUCGACUACCAUUCGGAGAGCCUAGUUCACGAUGCGAUUACUGCGCUGUCGGGGGUGGAGGUUGUGGGAGUCUACGAUGCCAUCUCAUCUUCCCAGUCCUUGAAACCCAUCGGCGCGAUAUUGGAUAAGAUUGGACCGCGAAAGGUCAUAACUGUGCUACCGAACGAGGGUGACUUUGGCAAAAAUGUUUUGUUGUCUUUUGAGACGGCAUUUCAGAUUACCGAGAACCCCGAAGAAGUCGGCAACCCCAUCUGGCGGGAUUUUGUUCCUGGCGCUUUGGAGAGCGGGCUUCUGCAGCCGAAGCCGGACCCCGAAGUUGUCGGACAGGGGUUGGAGUCGAUACAGUCGGGACUGGAGAGGCUUAAGAAUGGGGUAUCGGCGAAGAAGUUGGUCAUCCAGUUUGAGCAAACCAUGCAGCUUAUCGACAACUCCAGUUCUAGACCCCCUCCGAGGUUGCCGGCAGCACUGCGGCUGGCAUCCAAUGGCACUGAGUACCACUACAUGACUGCCUGCUCCUCAAAAGGCGCCAACGCCCACCUGAUCGACCAACACUAUCUCGACUUCUUCCCCACGCUGUUGGUUCCCCUGCGUUCCAAUCUCUCCUCUACACGCACCCACUAUACCUCUGCGACCGACCUCUGCGAGCCUCUCCGCGAUAGCGAAACGAAGACUACCCCCGCCACUAUGGCCAUCGACGUACACAAGAAGACAGAUGAGGCGGUCCCUGGGCCCAUCUUCAUCACGCAGCUUCUCGGCGCAUGGCUGUACUGGGUCAACCGCGAGCUGUACUACGCUUACAUGGCGUUGACGAAGCAGUCCUUCGCCCUCACCACAACAGCUAUGACGCACAUAUGGGGGCCCACCACGAUACGCAUAAGCGGCGACGCCUCCGUCGCAGGCCAGAUCAGACAAACCCCUGCCGGCACGGUCGAGUUCGAUUUCCCUGAGCGUCUGGUCCUCAUUGCGAACCACCAGAUCUAUACCGACUGGUUGUACCUCUGGUGGGUGGCCUACGCCAACGAGCCAGGCAUGCACGGGCAUAUCUACAUCAUCCUGAAGGAGUCCCUCAAGUACAUCCCCCUGGUCGGGUGGGGUAUGAUGUUCUACGGCUUCAUCUUCAUGUCGCGCAAGAUGUCGACGGACCAACCGCGAUUGGCGCACCGUCUGAACAAGCUCAAGAAGGAGCACACCGGGCUCGACGGCAGGAAGCACCGCGACCCCAUGUGGCUGCUGCUUUUCCCCGAAGGUACGAAUCUAUCCGGCAACGGGCGCAGAAAGUCAGCCGCCUGGGCCGAAAAGUCCGGCAUCAAGGACCCCGAGCACCUCCUCCUCCCGCGGAGCACCGGCAUGUACUUCUGUUUGAAGGAGUUGCAGGGCACACUUGAUUAUGUCUACGACUGCACCGUCGCAUACGAAGGAGUUCCUCGCGGAAAAUACGGUGAGCAGUACUUUACUCUCUCCAGCACAUAUUUCCAGGGUCGCCCGCCAAAGUCGGUCAACUUCCACUGGCGCCGCUUCCGCGUCGCCGACAUGCCCCUGCACGACCAGAAGGAAUUCGACGCCUGGGUGCGCGAGAGGUGGUACGAGAAGGAUGCCCUCAUGGAGGAGUACGUUGCCACCGGCCGCUUCCCGCCGAGCGAGGACAACAAGAAGGGGUACAUUGAGACCGAGGUGCGGCUGAAGCACUGGUGGGAGCUGGCGCAGGUUUUUGUCGUCGUCGGGGCAGCCGGACUCAUUUUCCGCAUGGUUGUCAACACGUUGCAGCGAUGGGCUUCGAUUUUCUAA